CCCACCUCUCUCACACUCAUUCCUCUGUCCGUUCCGGUGGUAGACCCGUGAUGGAGACUCAGAGUUCAUAAACUGCGCCGGUAGAAAAGUGACUCCUCGUGGUCGAUUACGGCGAGGAUAAUAACGGUAAAAGAGAUCGAGAAUGGAGACGGUUGAGCAGCUCGUUUCGUUUAACCAUAUCCAAGUCCAGCUGAAGGGAGGCUCGCCUUGGGGGUUCACGCUGAAAGGAGGUCUCGAACACGGAGAACCGCUCAUCAUCACUAAAAUAGAAGAUGAUGGAAAGGCAGAACAGUGUAACAAGCUGAGGGUGGGAGAUGAACUGGUGAAUAUUAAUGGAUCAGCCCUGUAUGGUUCACGACAAGAGGCCCUCAUUCUCAUCAAGGGAUCCUAUAGGACACUGAAGAUCACCGUACGCAGACGCAGUAUACCUGUGAUCAGGCCUCACUCCUGGCAUCUGACCAGGCUGUCAUCAUCAGAGUCCCCCCCCAGUUCUACCCCUCUCCCCGCUCUCCCUGCCGACACCCUCCCCCCUCCUCCCCCCCCUGCCCCCCCCUCUGCCAUGCAGCUCCACCCUGGGCCCUACACACUACCCUGGCACUCGACAGCAGACACCAGUGAUCUGUCUAUCCAGUGGAAUCAGCUCUCCAGACACUACUCCACAGACCACAGCAGUUCUUUAGGUAGCAUGGAGAGCCUGGAGCCUCCUAGCAGCCAAGUGUACUACGAUUCCCAGAAUUCACCAGUGGACCCUGCCAUCUUAAACAACAAGAGGGACUACAAUUCCCCUGUUGACCCCGGCAUCUUCAACAACAAGAGAGACUACAAUUCCCAGAAUUCCAUAGUGGACCCUGCCAUCUUUAACAACAAGAGAGACUACGAUUCUCAGAAUUCCCCAGUGGACCCUGUCAUCUUCAACAACAAGAGAGACUACGAUUCCCAGAAUUCCCCUGUCGACCCUGUCAUCUUCAACAACAAGAGAGACUCUGCCUAUAGUUCUUUUUCAGCUAGUUCUAAUACGUCUGACUAUACUGUCUCACUGAGGCCUGGUGAAGCCUGUUCCAUGGAGAAUAUCCUCCAGAGCCUGGGUCCAGGGGGGCCCACCAGCCAGGGGUAUGCCUGCGGCGAUGCACCGUCCCUGGGCAGGGAGUCAGGCGAGCCCCAAGAUGAGACCAGGACCUCUGCCUUACUAAAGUCUGGGUCGCUGUCCAGACCCAGAGUGAGGCGGCCAGAAGCGAAGGAGAGACCAUCUUCAUACUGUUAUGAGGACGAGAGGAGGAAGGGAGAAGGGGAGAUGGGUGGAGGAGAAAGGGAAAGGGAGGUUUCAAGUCCCCCCCAGCCACCGACCAGGAAGGACAGUUUCAGGGCCACCCGGGGUUGCUCCGGGGUCACAGAUGUCAAAGUACAACGAUGCAUCCCUGACCCCGUCGGAAUUCCCAGCCUCUCCCAUUGCCCUGCCAAAGACGAUGAUGAUGAUCUUCUGAACAUUCCGGGCGUUCCGAGCAACAACGGCUAUCCUGCUACUAGUGAGACAUCAAAGACUGAGGGAAACAAAAAUGGAAACAAGGUUGGGAAUUUCAAAGGUGAUUCCUUAGAGCAGUACUAUACCCUCAUCUCCAAGAAAAAAAGUUCCCGUAAGGACAGCAACUCAGUGAUCCAGAAUAGCCACCCAGACCCCCUUUCCACCCUCCUCCCUGCUCCAGAGAUAAGCUCCACUUCUCCCAUCUCAAGCCCCGGCCCACCUGACACCUCCAUAGAUCCAGAACACUUAGGGGAGCCCAGCCACCUCCUCCCCCAGAACAAGCACUCCUCAUUAGGUCUCUACAGACACAGCGCCCCUGAGAAACUCUUGUCCCAGCUACGUCUCCUAGAGUUCUCCAGCGACCCCUCAGACCCUUCAGACCGUAGCUCCGCCUCCCCCUCCAGCUCCCAGUGGUCUCAUUCCCCCUUUCACCCCACCAGAGAGAACCUAUCUGAGGAUCUAGGGAGUAACAACGCCCCUGUCCAACUCCAGCAGAACCAGGGGAAAUGGGGAGAAGGUUGGAGGAGGAGGAGUCGCUGCUCUUCCCCAGGAUCGGUGGACAUCGAUGGGGUUAGAGAGGCAAGGGAGAUGGGAUUGGUGGUGGUGGGGACUGCUGCUACUCUCCUCUCUCCCAUCCAGCUCCAACACCCCUGGGCUAGGUCAUUGAGUGUACCAGGGUCAGAGAAGCCUUCUGGAGGCUGUAACCAGGGAGGAGUGAGCUCUGAGCGGGUACGGAAGACAGACUUUGGGCCUCUCAGUGCUGCAGCAAGUGUGGAUAGCCUACUUGAGGAGAAUCUGAGAGGAGGAGGAAGAGAAGAAAGAAGAGGAGAAAGAGAGGAUGAUGAUGAUGAUGGAGAGGUGCUGAUGAAGAAACCCAGGAGUCACCGUUCGUCCCGGUCACGCCGCCGCAGCGAACGCUUCGCCACGAACCUCCGAAAUGAGAUCCAGCGCAAGAAAGCUCAGCUUUCGAAGAGCAAAGGCCCAGGAGGGUUGCUCUACGGCGGGGAGACGGUCGAGGAAGAAGAGGGUCCUGACCUGGAGGACCUCCAGAGGGAAGAGGCUGACGACCUCAAGGAAAGGUGCUCCCAGGAAAGGUGCUCCCAAGGCAGGUACACCUCGUCUGAUGACAGCCGAUCAGCUCCAGCCCCUGGAAGUCUACUGGCCUCUACUUCCACACCCCAGCUCCACCAGCUGUCCCCAACCCCAGUUUCAGCUCUACAACCCCCCAGGGAUGAAGAUCCUGAACCACCAGAGGACCAAGACCAACCGUCAAACCCAUCCAGGACCACCCAGAGGUUGGUUCCAGCCAUGCCCAGCUGCGAUGUGGGAACCCAGGUGGUGGAGGAGCAAGAUCCAGCUGGUAUGGCUCGCCAAUGGAGGUGGACGCCCGAACACCAUCUCCAACUGGAAAUGGACACCAACCGUCAGGGCGAGAGGGUUACAGGGGCCCUGGGGUUAUCAGGACGAGGAAGAGCAACCUCCUCCUCUUCCUCCACCAGCACUCGUUCUUCUCGUACGGAGGAGUGUGAUGUUCUUCCUUUCGCGGAUCGUUGUAAGUUCUUUGAGGAGACCAGUAGGAGUAUGUCUGUGUGGAAUCUGCCAGGCCUGACGAGUCGAAGACAGAGGCCAGAUAGACACGGGAGGCAGCCUCAUCCAUCCACGCUGGAGAACCAGGGAGGGGGCUAUGGACAGGGAAAAGCCCAGCGGAGGUACUCGUACCAGGGGGGAAUCCAGAAGGAAAGUCCCCUAUCGAUUACAACCAUGGAGACCCGGAGACAAUUGAUUUGCAGCAACAGGGAUAGAGAAAAGGAGGGGGAGAGAGAGAAGGAGAGGGAGAGAGAGAAGGAGAGGGAGAGAGCGAAGGAGAGGGAGAGAGCGAAAGAGAGGGAGAGAGAAAAGGAGAGGGAGAGAGAAAAGGAGAGGGAGAGAGAAAAGGAGAGGGAGUGGGAAAGAGCAAAGAAAAGGGAGGACAGAGCAAGAGAGAGGGAGAUGGCGCUUGAAAGGGAGAGAGAGCGGGAGAGAGAGGAGCAGAGACUAUGCGAAGAGAAGGCUAGACUGAGAGAGAGGGAGAGAGAAAGAGAGAAGGAGAUUGAGCUGGCGAGGGAAUGUGAGAUGGAGAUAGAGAGACAAGGAGAGAGGGAGAGAGAAUCACUCAGUACAGCUCGGGACCUCUACAACACUCGGACUCAGCCCCAGGCAUACCAGAAGAACCAGACACACUCCUGCCCCCAUCUCCAAGCCCAGAUAGAGGCCCCUCAUUCAGCCUUCCAUCCUGUCAACAACCCUCUCCUCCAGGACAACCAGGCUCCACAUCAGGGGUACCUACCAUAUGGCUACACACCAACAGAGGAGUAUCCUGUCCCAUCCCAGCCGUUACCGCGGGAACAAACACAAAUCAACAGGAAGUUCAGCCUGACCGAGAGGGACUACCCGUGGUACAGACGUGAUUCCUGCACCAGGCCACCAGAUUGUGCUAUAACAGUUACACCACACCACCACCACCAGCUGGGUCGGAGCGGCAGGCUGUCUGCCUGUAGUGUGGAUGAUCCCACGUCUUCAUCAUCGUCUUCAUCACUACGAAGCAGGGCCAUGUCGGAGAAUGAUCUACGCUUCGACUCCACAUUCCACCGUGCUUCCCCCUCGGUUGCUACAGCGACACCGCUUUCAGAGCUGGAGGAGGGAGGCGGCGUUGGUGGAGUGGGAAGUGCUAGGGGAGUGGCUACCAGGAAGAAAACCCCACCCCCUCCCAGGCCACCUCCCCCCAAAUGGGAGGAGUUCCACCGAAGGAGAGCGUCCCACCACACCCUCUUCGCCUCUUCUCUCUCCUCCACCUCUUCUUCAUCAGUCCAUCCUCUCCCUCUCAGUCCACCAGAGGGUCUAUGCUCUCACUCUCCUCACACCCCCUGUCCCACAGAAACGUCCAAAAUGACGCAUCAGCGCUCCUACAGCCUCCCCCCUCAGAGGGAGGAGCUAGAGGGGUGCCAGCGCUGUAGCCUGAGCCAGCUCCAGGAACGCCCCUUUUCACAGGCCACGCCCAGUCCCCGGUUCACACGCAGGACCUUCCGGCCGGUGGCUCCACAACAUAGAGAGAGAGACACACCCACUCAUUACGACAACUCACUGCCCCCUCUACCAACAUCAGACAACCAAACCAGGCUAUGCAACAUGGAUGAUCAAGAUCGCCCUGCUGUGUUGAAACCCAUCUCUCAUAGACAGCACAGGGCCGGUGCUGAGUGGGAGAGAACUCCAUCUCCCAGGGUGCAUAGCGUCUCAGCCCUCCCCACCAUAGAGAAUGGUGCUAUCUCUCUCGAGUCCUACUUUGCUAUGAGCUACGAGCAGCAGCAACAGCUCCAGAACAGUAGAAGAUUCCGGAAUCAUCCCCACAACAACAAUAACAACAAACCAGACUUGGAACCCAACUUGGAACUGGAACCAGGUUUUAGCCCGAGCUCCGCCCAGAGCUUGGAACAGGAAGUGGACAUCCCCAUGGAAACAGACAUUGACGACUUCCAGGAGGAGGGGCUUCCUGAGGAUGAAGAGCCAAUCAGGACAGAGCUCCAGUGUUUUGCUCUGCCCGUCACGGUUCUGGAGACAGACAUCGAUACGCUGCCUGACCAGGAGGCCUCGCCGGCGGUUAGGAAGACUGCAGAGAGUGGGUCCCUGGAUGGGGAGAUGGAGGACCAGGGGAUGGGGACCAGAGAGGGACUCAUGGAGGAGCUAUUCCCCCAGAGCGGUGAGGUCAAGGCGGGCACAGAGAGAUGGAGAGGGGCCUACCGUAGCUCAAACUCUGAGAAAAACACUGAGAGCCUGGAUAGGCAUUCUGGUUCCAGCUCCAGUUGUUCGUCCUAUUAUUCUGCCUCAGCAGCCAAGGCUCAGCUCCUCACUCAGAUGAAAGACUACUGCUCAGAUGCCAGAGAUACUGACCACGAUGACCAACUGUCUUAUAAGAAACAGUUGAUGGAGAGUCUCCGUAAGAAGCUAGGAGUUCUGAGAGAAGCACAGAGAGGUCUACAGGAAGAUAUACGGGCUAACACACAGCUGGGAGAAGAGGUUGAGAGCUUGGUGCUCGUGGUCUGUAAACCCAACGAGGUGGAUAAGUUCAGGAUGUUUAUCGGGGACCUGGAUAAGGUUGUCAGUCUGCUGCUGUCUCUCUCUGGUCGGCUACUGAGGGUGGAGAGCUCCCUGGCCAACCUGGACGCUGAGACUGGACACCACGAGAGGCUCCUCCUCCUGGAGAAGAAGCGACAGCUACAGGUCCAGCUGUGUGAAGCCCAGGACCUGAAGGAACACGUUGACCACAGAGAGCAGGCUGUAGGAAGGGUCGUGGGACGAUGCCUCUCCCCAGAACAGCACCGUGACUACAGCCACUACGUGAAGAUGAAGGCAGCAUUACUGGUGGAACAGAGACAGCUGGAGGAGAAGAUCAGACUGGGAGAGGAGCAGUUAAGGGGGCUGAGGGAGAGUCUGGGGUUGGGGUUAGGACUGUCCAUGGGCUAUGGACACUAUUAAACCAACCAGGAAACCUUAAAGCUGGGGUUAGGACUGUCCAUGGGCUAUGGACACUAUUAAACCAACCAGGAAACCUUAAAGCUGGGGUUAGGACUGUCCAUGGGCUAUGGACACUAUUAA